UAAUGUUGAGUGUUGCCGUUUUACCAGAGAUGGAGUGGGAAGAGCGCUAUGCUGUUCCUGGGCCGAAUGCUGAAAACAAGGCUUUAAUAGAAGAGAUUUGCAGGAAAAAGAAGGAGCUCUUGCAAGUGAAAAGCAAACGAGAGAAUCAGAAAGAUCAGAAACAACUGGCAACAGAAUUCCUGCAAAAUGUUAAAAAGGAGAUGGAAAACACUGCGGCUCUGUGCAGGGCCAAAGACAGAGAAGCGGAGUCAGAGAGACACCUCACCGCCAUGGCGGAGAGGGAAACGGGUCGUCUGGUGCAGGACAAUGCUAAGAUGGAAAACGAACUUCGAUCUUUGGCUGAGAGGAAAAACAUGCUGGAGAACAACAUCUUCAAGGUUAAACAAAAGCUGGAGAGGUUUCGGGCCCAAAUGCACUGGGACCAGCAGGCCAUGGAUUCUUUUUUGGAGGAAUCGGAAAAAAAAGAUGAAGACGUGAAGGCCAUUAUUAAGUAUUCGCAGCAAGAUGAGCAGAAAAUCAAGUCACUCACUUUGGCCAUCGAGAGAACAACAAUGGAGGCCAAUAAAAUACGCAAAGCACUUGACCAGGAAAUGACAGAGAAUUUAUCUGCACAGAUUGCUUUAGAAAAAACAGCAGAGAACUUGCAACAGGCUCACCUGGAAACGGAGCAUAUCAUCCACCAGUGGGAAAACACCAUCCAACAGAUGAAGCAAAGAGACGCAGACAUACAACAAUAUGCUCUGAAACUGUCCCAGACCAACCAGAUCAUCCGGGAAAGAAACAACACCUUACGAGAAACGAAGCACCUGCACGACUCUCAGAUGAGCGACAACAAAGAAAUCGAGAAAAAGUUAACUUCGACCAAUCGACAGGCCACAAAACUACGGCAGGACUUGAAGGAGCAGGAGAAGAACUGCAUCACGAUGCGGGAUGAGCUAAAAAGUUACAAAACAUCUCUGGAUAGAACUUCGUCCAACGUGGAGUCGAUGAAGUCUAACAUCUGCAGGCUGAAGGAGGAGAUCCAGAAGAACAAUGCCAAACUGAAGAAAAGCGGCGCCCAGAAUGUUGCACUUGAGGAGAAGCUGAACGCAGUGACGCAGAACGCUUUGAGUGAAAAGGAGAGGGCUGCACUAAUGGAGAAUUUCCUCAAGGACGAGGAACAGGCCAUCAAGGAGCUGGAUGUCCAACUACGUGACCGCAGGGAGGAGCUCUUUCGUUGUAAACAGCUUGUUGACACCCUCAAGAAAAAGGAGAAGGAUUCUAUGGCCCAAGAAUUAAGGAACAAAGCCACCAUCACCAAUCUGGAACGUGAGAUCAGGAAACAGGAAGAGAAUUUAAUAAGACAGCAGAUGAUCAUGAAUGAGAAGGACAUCCAGAUCAUCUUUUUGGAUAAAAAGCUUGCUCGACUGCAAGGUGUUGAUGACUCAGAUGAGAAACAGAUGUUAGAAAUGAAGAUCAGCGAGAUGACCAAAGCCCUCCAUGAGACGAAGACCACGUCCGACAAAAUUCUAAAUGGAAUCAAAGAGGCUGAAAGUGACAUUCGCUAUUUGAGGAAAGAGAACGAGAAGUCCGCAGCUGAGAAGGAAGAUCUAUACAAGAAAGUAGAAGAGAUGAGGCUGAUCAAUAAUAACGCUGAAAAGGAGUUAAAGAAGCUCAGCCUCAAGAAGCAGGAGCUCAUCGUGGAGCAAAACAUCCUCAAGCUGGAGGUGAAUCGAAAAAGGGAUCUUCUGUUCAGCAAAGCCAACAGCAUGGUGUCUUUGGAGAAAAGACAACUGAACAUGAAGAAGGCCAUCCAGGAGAGGCAAGAGGAGAUCAGUGUCUACAGACAAAUGCUCAGCCAUCAGCUGAGGACCACUGAGCAGGAACGACAGAGAAUAAGCGCUGAACUGAAUGGAAAACUGUCCAAGAUUGAGGCCAUGAAGAAACAUUUCGAGGUUGUGACCUUUUCAAUGGCAGCACCCGGGGAGGAUGAAGAGGAUGCGGUGAAAUCGCAAGCCCGCUACAUCACCAAGGCUGGACUAGAACGAGCAGAAGUCAUCCAGCAGGGAGAAUGUCUCGCUGCCAAAAUCUGCAAAGCCGAGGAGGAAAAUAAAGCUCUGGAGAACACAAACAUGUUGUUCAACAUCAGCAAUUCUGGAUUCCUCACGUCGAUCAACACGGCAAAAGAAAGCAGUCCAGAAUACCAGGAAAAAAUCAAGAUGGAAGAACAGUUGCGUGUGGCUGAAGACACACUCAAGUACAAAAGAAAACAAAUCAAAGAGCUUCAGCAAGAAGAACAGGACAUGAACAAUACCCUGGAGAGUCUGCUCCAGGCUAAACGAGUCGAGAGCGACAACAUCCAGCAAACAAAGUCUCUCAUGGGCAAACUGAAUAGGGAGCUUGCGUCACAGCAAGAUAAAAUUCAGAGGGCCGCCAAACAGUGCUCCAAACUGACCCAACAGGUCCGCUCCUCCAGAAACACCAAGGAGGAGACCUUUGAGGAGAAGGACAUCAGGUUGAGACAGUUAAAAGACUUUAACAAGAACAUCAACAAGAUGCUCCAUGAUGUCACCGAGGACAAACCUGACCUCAGAUCAGUACUGGAGAAGUAUUUUCUACAGAGUUGUAUGUCUUUUCCGUCUCCCCCCUCCACUCCCGGCAGCCACCGAAGCUCCAAAGCACCCACAGCUCCAAGCUCCGCCUCUCCCAGGUCUCUCCCAUCCUCAGCCAGCAGCUACAGAACUUCUACACCUCAAUCCACUCCACUGAAGACUGUGGACCUGGGGCUGGAUCUGAACCUUCCCCCCUCUCCUCUUUCGGCCAACAGCAGACGCUCCAGCUCCGCCAGCAGCACCUUAAAGAGUCCGUAAUGUGCUAAUGCACAAGUCGCUCUUUUUUUAUUAUUUAACAUUAACAUUAACGGCUGUAUUUCAUUAAUUACAGUAACAUUUUUAGCGUUAUUAAUGUUUACGUAUCAUGUCAAGCCACGCCUCUCUGGUUGGUUUCAGCUUGAGGUCACCAACAGAUGGGUGGACAUUCUCCUUCAGCAGAAUUCAUGGUUCCAUUUAUCACAGCAAGUCUUCCAGGUCCUGAAGCAGCAAAACAGCCCCAGACCAUCACACUACCACCACCAUAUUUUACUGUUAGUAUGGUGUUUUUUAUGAUAUGUGGUGUUACUGUAAUGGGAUGCACUCCUUCCAAAAAGUUCAACUUUUUCUCGUCAGACCACAGAUUUUCUCAAAGGUCUUCGGGAUCAUCAAAAUGUUUUCUGACAAAAUUGAAACAAGCCUUAAUGUUCUUUUUGUUCAGCAGUGGUUUUCAUCUUGUUUUUUGCCCAGUGUCUUUCUUAUGAUGGAGUCAUGAACAUUGACCUUAACUGAGGCAAGAGAGGCAUUUUGUGACCUUUUGUGACCUCUUGGAUGAGUCGUCGUUGCCAUCUUGGGGUCAUUUUGGUUGGCCGGCCACUCCUGGGAAGGUUCACCACGGUUGUAUUUUUUCGCCAUUUGUCGUUGAUGGCUCUCACUGUGGUUUGCUGGAGUCCCAAAGCUUUAGAAAUGGAUUUAUAACCUUUUCCACACUGAUGGUUUUCAAUGAAUCUCUCUUAAAUUCCUUUUUUUUUUCUUUUUUUGGGUGGGUGGGGUGGAGGUCACAUAAGGUUUAGAUUUUUUUUCUUCCUUAAUGUUUGUAGCUAAUGGCUCUCACUGUGGUUUGUUGGAGUCCCAAAGCUUAUAACAUUUUCCAGACUAAUCGAUUUCAAUCAGUUUCUUUCUGGAGAGAAGCGACAUCACUUUUUGACACAGGGCCAUGUGGGUUUGGAUUUUUUUUUACCCCUCAU